GUACUAUUGAUUAUUGUUAUCGACACGAGACUUUGGGGCUUGAAUUUCCUUUUCCAUACCAUACCAUAUAUACAGAGCAAAGAACAUGCCCCUCUUCGCGUUCGGCUCCAACAGCUGCGGCCAACUAGCUCUGGGCCAUGUAGAGGACGUAUCGAUACCUACAAGAUGUCUAUUCUACGAAGACCCAGACCCUACUACGCAGAAUGAUAUCAUCCGAAUCGCAGCGGGUGGGAAUCACACUCUCGUGCUUUUCGGGAAUGGAGCCGUUUAUGCAGCGGGGUGUAAUGUGGAUGGGAGGUGUGGGCGACAACAACAACAGGGAAAAGAUGAUGAGUCGAUAUUGCGGUUCAGACGGGUUGUUCUCACCACAGAGGAUGGGAAGGUGUUUGAUACGUUCAAGGAUAUGUCUGCAACAUGGGAGGGGAGCUUCCUAGUCGCGUGGUCUGGAGAUGACAAUGUGACUCUCGUGCUUGGAACAGGGGCAAAAGGCGAACUUGGUCUUGGUACUGCUAGAACACAAUCUCCUACGCCAAUCCCGAUAUCCAACUUCCCCCCUCCCAGGACAAGUGUGGUCUCGAUCGCCAGUGGCAUGGGCCAUACAGCCACUGUCCUAUCAAACGGCGAAGUGUACGGCUGGGGCGGUGCGAGGAAAGGACAACUCGGGGAAGGUGCAAAAGCAGGAAAAAUAGAAUGGUCACCUGUCAAGAUUGCGGAUGUGCCAUUCUACGCGACGGCUGUUACCUGUGGACGAGAGUUUACGGUUGUUUCGGGUGAUAAAGAAAAAGGGGAGUACGUGGUUCUGGGAUCGAGUGGUGAUAAAUGGGGGGUCCUUUCUGGACAGCCUGGUUCUUUUUUUAAUGAUGGCGCUCGUGUGCUUCCGGUAUAUACUGGUAUCUCUGCCGGUUGGCAUGCGAUCUAUGUACACCAUCAACGUCAAGAGGAGGGUCAUGCAUCUAUAACGGCCUGGGGCCGGAAUGACCGUGGCCAACUUCCCCCGGCGGAUUUACCCAGUGCGAAAAUGUUGGCUGUGGGCAGUGAGCAUGCGCUUGCCCUUCUUGAUGAUGGGACGGUCGCGGUGUUUGGAUGGGGUGAGCAUGGGAAUUGUGGUACUGAGAUUGAUGCCCAGGGAAAUGUUAAGGAGAGGUAUAAUAGGAUCGAUAUAUCUGAAAUUGGCCAUGAGCGCGUUAUUGUUGGUAUUGGGGCGGGCUGCGCUACUAGUUGGGUCAUCACGUCGUGACCCCAGCCCAGUAUAUUUCCCUUGCGCCUUUGUUGUCAUUUGAUGUUGGGUUGGGGCAUAGGAAAUUCUCAAUCGAAGAGACCGAGACCAUGGAGUUGGGACAUGCGCUGUGUGGGUGGAAUUCCCAUAUCAUCCUGCUCCAGCUCAACUGGCUCAUCUCUGCGCAGUGUAUGAGACUCGUUAUCUUGCAACCGCCCAAGGCUCGCGCUAAACGUCUCCUACAGGAUUCAACUAUUAGCCAUACUCGACAAUGCCCGCUUGCACUAACCUGAUCCGCUGUUGCAUCCCAUCCAAGCAUAUCUUCCG